AUGGCAUUCGAAAAUGGCACAUACAACAUUACCUUCAUUGAUAACACGGAAAGUAUGGCAAUGUUUGUGCUACCACUGGAUCUUUCGAUCACGGAAAUUGUUACACGAAGUGAUCUAGAGUCUUCUGUGGAGCAGUCAAAGCGUUUGUUAGAAGAUGUGUCACUCCCGCGCAACAUUAUUCGGGCGUCAGAUUAUAUAGCACCUGCCGUUCGGCGAUUAUAUGUGAUUCAACGCAAUAAUGUUGAUGAGCUUGCAGCGUUACAAGUCGAGUGUGAAGCAGUACGAGGUAAUACGUGGCACAUUGACAACUGUGAUAGUGACACUGGGCACAGCAGUCGACGACUAGCAACGGAGCCAAUGACAGUCAAUUUGGUAGUUGAUGAAGCUGGCUACUAUGCGCUCCAUAUGCAGCACGAUGCGGUUACAGAGUUCGGAAUGCAAGUGCUUGAUGCUGCAGGUGACGAGGUGGCAGUAGCGCUGAGCCUUGCUGAAGUAGCAGAAGAGAAUGCAGAAACGAGGUCAGCUCGGAAUGCUACAGCAGCCGUAUGGAUCAAUACAUUGGUUGCCGUGGCAAUUGUGACAAUUCUUUCUAUCGUCGGAAUUUUCUUAUUGAUUUUUCGAGUGAAAUUUUCGACAAAGUUGAUGGACGCCAUGAUUGCGCUAUCUGCGGGAGCACUGUUUGGAGCCGCUUUUCUCCAUAUUUUGCCCGAAUCGAUCGAGUUUUACAGUGCAUAUGGUCAAAUGAACUUUACAUUAAGCAUGAUGUUUACAGUCGGAUUUGUGGUUGCAAUGGUUGUUGAAAUGGCGCUCGAGUUGUGGGUAAGCUUGGUUCAAGACGGAGAGUCGCACACUCAUGAUCACCAUCCAGCAACUAUUGUACUGGAUCAUGAAACUGGAAAACAGAAUGUCACACCUGAGACUGGUGAAUACAAUGCUGCUGACACUGUUUCGCUUUCGAGCCAAAACGAAACGAGUGUAUCAGUUUUUAGUCUCAAAGUUGACUGGCAAACUAUCAAACCAAUGGCGUACAUUAUCUUGCUUGGCGACUUGUUCCACAAUUUUGUGGACGGAGUAUUGAUCGCUACUGCGUUUCUCGCGUGUGAUGACUCGCUUGGGAUUUCGGUCACUGCAUCUGCUGUCUUGCAUGAGCUGCCACAAGAGUUUGCAGAUUUUAUCAUUCUUGUCGACUCAGGGUUCACGCCAUUCCAAGCUGUGCUCUUUAAUUUCCUCAGUGCACUCUCCGCUUUCGUUGGAGCGAUUGUUGUACUCGCUGCUGUGCCCGUCACAAAUGAGACGAUGGGACUAUUGCUCGCUGUAGGCUCGGGAACACUUGUGUACAUUGCAGGCACAGAUCUUCUACCUGGGGUGCUUCGUGUCAAGUCAUUCGGGUACUUCGUGAUUAAUCUGCUCAUGUUUGGAAUUGGUGUCGCCGGAAAACGCGUGCUUGUCGAUCCUGCAGUUAUGGCGUCCCUGACGGCCAAUGGGACAAUAAAGCUGGGUGAGCUACCAGCGUUGGAAGACGUACCCCCAAAUGAGCGUAUGCGGCUCUUCCGUCAAAAGCUCAAGCUUUGUUGCGUGCUGUACGAUUUCACGGAUAUGCGUAAGCACGCGCGGGAGAAGGAAGCCAAACGCAACGCGCUGUUGCAGAUCGUCGAGUACAUCUCAGCCGGCAAAGUGGCUUGGGACCCCUCUGUGGUGACCGAAUUGCUCGAAUGUGUAGGAUCAAAUAUAUUUCGCCACUUGGGCCGCAGCUCCAAUACGUCGAUAAAUAACGCCAAUGGCGGCGUGGAAGCGGCACCGGAGGAUGAUGAGCCAAUGCUGGAGCCAUCUUGGCCACAUAUGCAGUUGGUGUACGAGAUAUUGCUUCGCUUCGUGUUGUCGAAGGAGGUGGACUCUAGGACGGCUAAGGAAUACUUUAGCAAAAAAUUUAUGAUCAGGCUGCUAAAUUUAUUCGAUUCCGAAGAUCCAAGGGAAAGAGACUACUUAAAGACAAUUCUGCACCGCAUUUACGGUAAGUCGAUGGCGCUUCGUUCAUUCAUCCGCCGCUCGAUCAACGACAUGUUCUACACUUUCGUGUAUGAAACGGAGUCGUUGCAGGGCGUAGGAGAGCUGCUGGAAAUUCUUGGAAGUAUUAUCAAUGGUUUUGCACUUCCACUCAAACCCGAGCACCAGAAUUUUCUAGAGCGUGCUCUAAUUCCGCUUCACACGGCCGGAAAUUUGGCCAUGUUUCACCAACAGCUAGCCUAUUGCACUACGCAAUUUGUCGAAAAAGAUCCACAAACUGCAGAACCUAUUAUCAUGGGGCUCCUCAAGUACUGGCCAGUGACUGCAAGUGCUAAAGAGAUUUUAUUUCUCAAUGAGCUCGAGGAGAUCAUUGAAAUGAUACAAAUGGAGCAGUUUGCGGUGGUCAUGCGGCCAUUGUUCUUGAGGGUAUCGCAAGCGGUAUGCAGCAGCCACUUCCAGGUGUCCCAACGUGCCUUAUAUUUAUGGAAUAACGAGGCGCUCACUUUAACAUACAACGUGCUCAAACUCUUUAUGGAAAUGGAUUCGCAACUCUUUGAUCAGUGCUCGGCACAGUUCGAGGAGCGCGAAGGAAGGGUGCAACAGACGACGGAACAGCGCCAGCUCAAAUGGACAGCCUUAGAACACCGUUUGCAAGCGCGAGGACCAAUGUGA